CGUGGUGUUAGUAGCGCUCGUUGCCGUCGCCGUGCAGGGAGACGCUUGCCUUACACACCUCCCACAGCCUACACCCACACCAAAUCAACCAGAACCACUCAUAAACACCCGCGCCAUCUACCACCAGCACCUGGCGCGUGUGUACACUGCUCUCGGCACCUCCAGAACGAGUCAGUAUACUAAGGAAGGGCAGGACGCACCCCCAAAAAUCGUCUACAUCACCUCCAGGAGAACCUCUUCCAAAAAUACCAAUACCAAGAAGCUCCUCCCUAGGGCAGACUUGCUACUCAGCUGAACGGAACCCACCACAAAAAGAUGGAGGGAGAAAUGGUUGAUCCAGGGUUCCCGGCCCACACUGCCACCGCAACAGCCGCCCCUCAACCCAGACCAGCCGGAAACAUCAGAUUCGACCCCACCUAUAUCAACUUCCGCAACAUACCCGGCAUGCUGAAGAUCGCCCAAAUUGUGUUCAAUCUCAUAGGUUACAUAUGCGCAGCGGUCUCUACGUUUAACAGUUACUCGCAUGCUAACUGGUUCUCCUUCGUCUCCAUGACCGGGUUCUGGGUGACUGGUAUACUACUGGUUCUCUACAUGAUGCACGUACUGGAGCGGUUCUACAUGGUGCCUUGGCUUAUGCUGGAGUUUGGAUACUGCGCCUUAUGGUGUUUCUUCUACCUGACGGCGGCGGUGGCGUGUGCUACCUGGGGCGGUGUGGAUUCCGGAGCCGCUGCUGCUUCCUUCUUCGGGUUCGUGGCCAUGAUCCUGUACGGCGCUGAUGCCUUCUUCAAGUUUAAGGCCUGGAGGAGUGGUGACAUCGCCCAGGGUGGUCAACAGGUCCAGAUGGCUGACCCGGGUAUGCCCUCCCCUGGGGCCUACUAGAACUAUUGUCUGAAGGAGGCAGUACUGCUGUCUGAGGGAGGCAGUACUGCUGUCUGAGGGAGGCAGUACUGCUGUCUGAGGGAGGCAGUACUGCUGUCUGAGGUAGGCAGUACUGCUGUCUGAGGGAGGCAGUACAGCUGUCUGAGGGAAGCAGUACUGCUGUCUGAGGGAGGCAGCACUGCUGUCUGAGGGAGGCAGUACAGCUGUCUGAGGGAAGCAGUACUGCUGUCUGAGGGAGGCAGCACUGCUGUCUGAGGGAGGCAGUACUGCUGUCUGAGGGGGGUAGUACUGUACUACUGACGGUGGAGGCAGUCGUAAUAUUUUGGUCGACACAGUAACUUGAGCCGUUGUGGGUUACAUAGUUGUACAAGAGUAAUGUUAGCUGUGGUAGACAGGUGGUGGCGUCAUAACUCCCGUGGGUGUUCUCUAUCCAAGGUGCAUCAGAGUGUUGUUGUCCAGUUUAUUUUUCGUGAGUUUAAUUUUCCAUCUUGUAGACACACGAAUACACUAUACUUUUUAUUUAUGACUUUUCCGAAUGAUUUAAAAAAUAUUUUAUCUUCACUUUGUAUGUGUGUGUUGAUCAAGACUUUUAAGUUUUUAUAUAUAUUUAUUUAUUAACCUUUAAAGGUUUAUUGUAAUGUUAGACCUAAAUGUUCAAAUCUUACGGUGUUUACAGUUCUCUCACGAUUGAUCUCUUUGUUUUGUGUACAUGAGACAUUUUUUACACUGAUGUUUGAUGUUAACUCUGUUUCCGACAGUAUUUGGAAAUCGUGCUACAAACAUAAUAGAAGACAUCAGAUGUUUCAAGUCAUACCACUGUAACCCUCUGAUUGGCUCUGUUGGAGGAAAAUUCUGGUGGGUAACCAACCAGAAGUUUUCUCUUUCAUUACAUCACAACACUGUAACCCUCUGAUUUGCUAUUUCUGGGGAGAAAGAUGAUGUGUAACCAAUCAGAGGAUGUUUCCUUCAUAACGUCACAAUACUGUAGUUAUUGACUGCCAGUGUCAAAAAUAAGGAGGUACAGUACACUAUAUAAGAACAGUAAAGACGCGUAGUGUUCACAAAGUAUAAGUAACACGGCCGUGAGUGUUGAGACGCUGUAUAACUUGGGAUUUGAGUGGCAGGGAAACAAAAAUAAAAUAAAAGAAGGAAUUAAAGAAAAACUGAAGACAUUUGAGACAAUUCUGUGUGUAAUUCAUAAAAAAUCUUGAGUGACUCCAAUAGUUGGUGAAAUUCUCCUUCCACUCCUAUCCCGGUAAGAUCUCAAGAUGACCCUUUUAUCAAAUAGAACCUAAUCCCAAUGAACUUCCAAUAGGCUGAGGCCCAAUCUUAUGAAGCUCCCAUUAAUUUUGAAAGCCACUUUGUCUUUGCCCUAAUCUUAAUGGUGACGAUAAGUUCGGACCUUUUAAGUACUGGGGGCCCCAUUUGACCAGCCAUAUCCCCGUUAAAGGUGUCUUAAAUAGUUCACACUUUUACUAUAUAAAAAAAAAUUAAUGUUUCGAUGUAUUGAUCUAUAAUUCCCUGGUGAGUCAUGGAGCCAAGUGUAUUAUUGUGAUCUCCGGGUGUUUUGAUGAUAACUUGGUCUACCUUGAAACUUUUCUCUCGAUGUCUUUGUUAUUCGGUGUCAUGGACAAUUGGUCUUCUAGUGUCCGUUGAUAAUGGUCAGUUGCGGUGUCUGUUGAAGCUGGCCCAUUCUGGUGUCUCAUGUUAAAAAAAAAAACACAAAAACAAAGAAAAAUGUCAGUUUCGUUGCUCUUUUGUUUUAGAUGUCUUAAAACUGGUCACUUUUUUUGGUUGUUUAGUUCUCUUGUUUUGGUGUGUGUUUGUUUUUUAAAGCCAUUUGUGUGAUGACAAGAAGAUGACAUUUCACUGCCACUUAUAACCACAUUAUUCUAUGAAUAUUUUUAUUUAAAGAAACACCUGAAGAUUAGUCACCCAACCUAUUCCACCUGAUGAUUAAACACCUCAAUUGUAACCUAAUCUAACGCUACACCAUUCUAACCUAACCCAAUUUAACAAUCUAAUCCAACCUGACUUAAUCUAACCUCCCUUCCAGGAAGCAUUGGAGUGUUUAAUCAUUUAGUGAUUUUUAUGCGUCGGGGCAUAUCUUCAAGUGAGUCAUUUUUAACAACAAAGCUUUCUUUUGUCUGUUGUAAGAAAUUAUACAUUCAAUCCUUCCUUGAUAAUAGUUGGUUACGGUGUCUCGCUAAACUGAUACAUUUUAGGAUUUAGUUAAGAAGCUAAUUAUUUGUCGCAUUCAAGUUACCCAGUAUUUAAUGUUGUCCUCAAAAUAGUUUUUGUAGCUUCACAACCUCAAAAAAAUUCACUUUCUCCAGUGGUUGUUAGUUGUUCUGUAGGUGAUAACCACUUCAUAUUAUCCUUUUAUAGGACUUGGUUAGAAAGACUCGUGUUUUUUAACUUUUAUUCAAAAUUACUCCAUUACUUAAUCCUGAUGUAAGUACGUUCAGUAACAUAACGCUCAGUACGAAUAUGAUGCAUUUUGUAUCAUUAAUGAAUCGUAAGUGUCAGAAUUCAUCAUAUCAUUAAAUUCAACGUUAAAUUGUUGCAUUCACCCCCCCCAAAAAAGACUGAUUUUUGGAUUCCACUUGUGCUCAGCUGAUAGGUCGCGUCGGCAGCAUGGGAAGCAGACAACACUAGGCGCCAUAGGUACCAAACAGUCCAAAGUCCCCGAUUUUACUCUGGCUCUUGAAGGAAAAAAAACACACACACACACACACGCGCUUGGUAAUGCAUAGCAAGAGCAGGAAGAAAAUAAACAACCACAAGCUUAGCCAGUGUCCGUAAAAUAUCCCAAGGAGAAGUCACGAAAUGCUACAUGGUGAUCGUACUCAAAAGUGAUAUUGUUGUUUGACGAGUCCUCUAUCUGACGAAAUGUUCAACACACAGUUUACAUAUUGUGUAAACUGUCUGUUACUUGGUGUAGUAGAUGGCUUGGGUGUAGAAAAUUAUCCCAGACUUUAUUUAUUUAUUUUUUUUAACUUAUUACCUUAUUGGCAAGAAGAUUAGUGGUGCCCUAGCGAUGGUGUAGACAAAACCUACAGUAAAUUAGAGUAGAUGCAUCCUAGCCAUGGCCAAGUCCUCGAGUGUAGCAUCCUAGCCAUGGCCAAGUCCUCGAGUGUAGCAUCCUAGCCAUGGCCAAGUCCUCGAGUGUAGCAUCCUAGCCAUGGCCAAGUCCGAGUGUAGCAUCCUAGCCAUGGCCAAGUCCUCGAGUGUAGCAUCCUAGCCAUGGCCAAGUCCUCGAGUGUAGCAUCCUAGCCAUGGCCAAGUCCUCGAGUGUAGCAUCCUAGCCAUGGCCAAGUCCUCAAGUGUAGCAUCCUAGCCAUGGCCAAGUCCUCGAGUGUAGCAUCCUAGCCAUGGCCAAGUCCUCGAGUGUAGCAUCCUAUAGCCAUGGCCUAUUCUUAAACGAGACAGGGAUGGGGGGGUAAUUGUUAGCCUAGCCAGAGUUUACAUCGUGAGUGUUAGGCAAGGUUCACAUGUAGCCUACGUUGUGUAUCAUAGGUGUAGAGGGUUGUGUGUAUAGCAUAGCCUAGUCUGAGGUGUUGAUGGUACACGCACUCUUACAGUAAACGUCAUGUGGAGUAAUCUAAUACGAGUAGAAGCACGAUAUUAAGCGAAGUGUUUAAAAAUAGUUUAGUUUAGUUCUGGUGGGUUGGAAAAGUAAUUAUUCGCACCCAGAAUUAUUAAUUUCCAAAUUUCCCUGAUUUGGUCGAGUCAUUAAGAACAAAAAUCAAUUUGGGUCGAUUUCCCACUUUUUAUCCCCGAAGGAUUUUGUCGAGGCUGUUGUACACUUAUUAUUUUGUCACCUUCAGAAACAAGACCCUGUAUGAUGGUAGUUAUCCUUAUAUCAGCACUAUUUCAAGGGAGUUUUUGUCAUUUAUUUUAGUCCCGUUUAAGAGAUGCUAAGUGUUACCCUGUGGAUGACGUCGGAUGUCUGUGAACACAAUGUUAUAUCUGAUGACAAAGACAAUGAAACUCGUUCCUAUAUCAAUUAAACUUUUAUUUCUCCCAUAUCACUAUUAAAAUUUAAGUAAAGGUUCUGAUUUUGUGAUGUACUGUAUAAGAACUACUGCGAGGCUACUCUUAUUAUCCAAGUAUCUCGAAUCUCUGUUAUUGUUCUCCACAUUCCUGUAACUAAAACUGGAAAGACAUGAUAUAUUGUACUGUUUUGGUCUUUUGAUAUAAGUGGGGUGUUGAAAAUCAAAGUUGCUCCUAGGAAAUUAGUCAGUUACUAUAGGCGACCAGUCACAGUAACACCCUAUGAGAGAAAAAAAAAUACUCUGCCUUGAACUUUUGACGCUACCAUACAGACUGUCAGAAAUAUGUAAAUAAUGUUAGUAUGAUGAAGUAUCUUUAUACACCACAAACUUUAGUGGCUGUCAGGGAUUUCAGAAGCUUUUUGUUUCAGAUUUUGUUUUUCUUAUAUAGUUUCCACGCACUAUAGCGUCAAUCUUCGCCAUUUCUGUGAGUUAAUCAUCACCGUCUUACCCAUUUCAGUGUUUGUUUGUGGCCAGUAUUAAAGGCACACUCUUCGUACUUGCCUUAAAUUGGCGCCCAUUUCUCAUGCCUAUGUGUGUAUGUGAGUGUACUGUUACAAGUCUGUGGAACUAGUUAUUUUCCUGACUGCCAAGGUGUCUUUGUUGUGGUGGCGCUGUUACGGUUGUGCUGUCAAUUAAAAGUAUAUCACUGUGUCCUCUUCAGAUACUGUACUCUCCAAUACUCGAAAUAUUUAUAUUACCCUUGCCAACACUGUUUUAGUAAAUAUUUUCAUACUGUUCAUAGUGCACAUUUUGGUAUUAUAUAUAUAUAUAUAUAUAUAUAUAUAUAUAUAUAUAUAUAUAUAUAUAUAUAUAUAUAUAUAUAUAUAUAUAUAUAUAUAUAUAUAUAUAUAUAUAUAUAUAUAUAUAUAUAUAUAUAUAUAUAUAUAUAUAUAUAUAUAUAUAUAUAUAUUAAAGGAUAUAUUGUUUGAAUUUAGUAUUUUGUGAAUUACUAGACUCGUAAAAACAAAUGUAAGGUCACGGAACACACUUUAUACAUCACCGCGUAUCAGUGGAGGAAGGUGCCUGACACAAGGAGCAGGAAUAUUCGUUCAUAAUACAGUAGGCUAUGAUCCAGGUUGGAUCAGGUUAGAUAGUUGUGUGGUAAUUUACUAUACUGUAUACCUGUUAGUCCCACAGUGGUGUUCGCUCUGCCAGAGCUUCGGCUGUUAAAAUGGGCGCCACAAAGAAGCUAUCUUGAAGAACUCCGUUAAAUAAUAUCAAGUGAGUUUGAUAAUUUAACCAGAACACCUCAAAUGCAGGACUAGAUGAAGUAGAUGUAGGUUUAUAGAUGGAAUUUUAUUUUCUUGGAAAUUUAUUUUAGAGGGGGAAACUGGAAACCGUUCUCUUAAUACUUGACAACAGCGAAGACUAACAAUGUCUUUCUUUCCCCACGAUCACAACAUUAUUAAUUAUUACAAUUAAAAGUGAAACAAACGCAUACUAAUUUGAAUAAAGGAAGCUUUAGUUAAGUCGAUACAAAUAUUAUAUACUUUUGACUUAUGUAAAUUUUCUCAAGGAUUGCCUCAACAGCGUGCAGUACUCGUGAUGCUGUUCGUCUUAGGAAAAAACAUAAGAAUCUUUCAAUAUGGUGUAAGUCAAGCUUCACAAUGGCUAGUAUGAUGAAUAUUCCUCCUAAUUUAAGAUGUAAGAAUAUUGUACAGCACCUCUAACUGAUUUACUUAUUAAACUAAAUCACGACAGUAACGCCCAAAUAAAUUAAUAGAAUUACUGUAUACCAAAAACCAUAGUCAAUAGUCUGUUCAUUUUGGAUGUGUACAGUAAUCGUCUACAAUUUCUUAUUACUGAAAUUUAACGCUGGGUAAAAUUAACAGAGAAUUCUCUACCCUGAUUUUGUAUAAUCGGUAUUAAGUGAAUGCCAAGAGUUGUUACUCACGGUAUAACUUUGGUGACAUUUUGGAAGGAAGGUUGUUUUUGUGAUAUUGGUCAACCAGUUAAAGUUAGCCGAGGUGCAUGUUACGAGGAGUGUUCAUUUGAAGAAACUUUGAAAAUUUAAACCCAAAUAAGGUUAGUAAUGUAAUGUAAUGUAUUAGUUAAUGAUUGUUAAAAUGAUUUAGAGGCUUACAGUAUUCAACCUACUCUAAGAAGUUAUUCCAAGGAAAUUGUCAUUACAGAAAAUUCCUGAGAAAAUUGAGGCAUGAGAACCCGAUUAUUCAGGAAUAUAUAUAUAUAUAUAUAUAUAUAUAUAUAUAUAUAUAUAUAUAUAUAUAUAUAUAUAUAUAUAUAUAUAUAUAUAUAUAUAUAUAUAUAUUGGUUGAUUGGUAAAAAAAUGCAUUGUAACCUGGAUUUUACUCACAACAAGCUUGAAAUUAUUUUUAAAUUAAGUGUUGGAACUGGAAAGUUUGUUCAUGUAAAGUAAUGUCAAGUGACGGUUGGUGGGGGAGGCAAGCAGGAAAAUCCCAACACUACUGUACGUUACGGCCCGAGACACCAAGUAUCGCAACACUCAAACUGCGUGCGGCAUGUCAGGCAGUAACAGGGCAAAACACUGGUCUGGCAUAUAGUGAGUUACAUUGUUAUCAAGGAAGUUAUAUUAUGCUUCAUGCUUUAGAUUUAUUUGGAACGGGUAAUUUUAACGCUAUUGUAUUGCACAGUUCAGUAGAUCGUGAUAUUUUUUACUUGUGUCUGACUUUUGUAAACAACAAAGCGGGUAAAUGGAGCCUGUUUAUGUAAUAUUAUCGCAUAUGCAUGGUGACAAUUUAAAAUAUUUCAGCACGUAACGAUUCCUGGUUCAUUGUCAGAUUUGAUAUGUCUGGUAUCUGACAGAGUUGCUGUUGGUCACAUGGUAUAGUGCUAUAGCUGGUGUCUCGGGUCCGUGUGUGUAAAUAUUGCGUCAUAUCACCACUGCUACUGAACUGCACUUCUGUGAUUGGUAUAUAUUUUACAUGCACAUAAUUUUGCAGGGUGUUUACAAAGCCCUUUUACAUUGGUGUUUACAGACUCUCUUGAGGAAGUUACAUAUGCGAAAUUGGGUUUGUAUUUCAUAAUUUUCUGCACAUUACUGUUCUUUGACUUGUCUGUUGUGACAAAGAUACGUGGAGUUGUCAUUAAACGCAUAACGGACAUCUAAAGCGUUCUUUACAAUUCCUACUGCAUUUUUUAAUAUUACAGCGGAUACAGUGAAGAAUAUGAUCGUGUGCUGAAAGUGGCGUUAUAAAGAUCCGUGAUUUGUAUGUAUAAUAUUCCCGAAGGUGAUUGUAGGUGAUACUGGCUGUCACCAGCGGCCUCGGUAUAGGGAAGGUUGACCUCAUAUUUGUCAAUACAGUAUUUUGUUGAAGUUUUGUCUCAUAGAAAUAGCGACCUACUGUAUAGUUUUAUAAGCUUUCUUAUGAUUAUGUAAACUGAGGUUAAUAAUAGGCUGUGUGCCGACAUAAAAGUACGUGUGUUCAUGUAUGUAAGAUAAUGUUAUAAAAUACUCACCAAAAAUCAAUUGUGCAAACUAUGUAGUUAUUAUUGCUGCCUUUGUUUCUAUGCAAUAAUUGGAAGGCAAUAUUGUAAUAAAAUCAAUAAGUUAUGCAUUAAUGGGACUUGUUCAAGAGGAACCGGAUUACCAGAGCGUCGUCCUGUACAGUAUGAAGGGAUGUGACGGGCGACAAGUCUCGUUUUCCAGAUUCUCGCACAUAUCACUUAAGUUCUCCAGUUGUGUGAGCUUACAACACACUGAAUACCCAUAACGCUUUACAAACAGUAAAUUUCUCAUUUUCAAUAUGUUGGUAUAAUUUAUUUUUUCCAUUCCUAUGCUGUUAAACUUAAGGUAAUGUGUAACAUGUUGAAUACUAAUGGUUAGUGUAGAUACCAGUACUGUUUGUGUGUUGUUGGCUCAUACCAGUGGAAGAGUAUCCUGAUGCCCUAAACAACGGAAUUUGACAGCUUCCAGUAUAGAAAAAUAUUUUGUGUAAUGUCAGACCAAAAUAAAGUAAGCGAGAAGACAUUUG